AUGGCUCAUGUCCAACCCACAACACGCAAAGCAUAUCGUCGCACCGACGACUACACGCCCGGCAAACCGAGGGUCGAGCUCGUGACGGAACCGCUACCGCUUCCCCUCGCAGCCACGUCCGUUUUGAUCAGGGUCCACGCCGUGUCCCUCAACUACCGAGACGCCAACAUCGCCAACGGCGGGAACCCUUGGCCGGUGACGCCGCAUGGAAUCCUGUGCAACGACGCCGCUGGGGAGAUUAUAGCGGUGGGCGAAGGCGUGAGAAGGUUCCGGGUCGGCGAUCGCGUGGCGCCCAUCAUCGACACGGAGAACCUCACGGGUCGAGAGUCGACGAGGUCUUGGUUGGCCGCCGACGAGGACGGCGUGCUGGCGGAUUACUUGGUCUUCAGCGAGGAGAAGCUCACAAAACUGCCAGAGCACCUGGACUGGGCAGAAGCCAGCCUCAUCCCGUGCGCGGGAGUCACUGCAUGGGCUGCCUUGAAGGAUAUCGGGGUGGGCAAGAGCAUCUUGAUCCAAGCGCCAGCAACAACCCCUUCAUCCAAAACUAACAAAAAGACGUUCAAAGGCACCGGCGGCGUCGCGAUGAUCGCUCUCAAGCUAGCCCGAACGGCCGGGCUCAAAGUGAUCCUCAGCUCGUCGAGCGACGCCAAACUCGGGCGGAUCAAGGCCCAAUUCCCAACUCCACCCCUCCUCACAGUCAACUACGCCAAAAACCCUCAGUGGCACCAAGAAGUCCUGGAUCUCACGGGCGGCGCGGGCGUCGAUCUCGUGCUCGAGAUGGGAGGCACCCAGACCCUGGUCAAGAGCAUGAAGUGUACCCGGCGCGGCGGAACCGUCAGCCAGGUCGGCUACUUGAGCAAACAGAGCCUCGACGACCUGGCAGAGUUCGUCCCAGUUCUCAUCGACCGGAGGAUUAUCUUAAGGGGAAUCAAUGGCGGAUCGAAACUCGAGCAGGAAGAUCUCUGUGCCGCUAUAUCAGCCACUCAAAUGAGGUUCAAUGACAUUAUAGACAAGGUCUACGACUUUACCCAGGCUGAUGAGGCAAUCGAGGACAUCUGGCAGGGGAGACAGGUCGGCAAGCUUGUGAUUCAGAUACCUUGA